GAAGACUUCGACUGUGUGCGCCAUACCCUCGAGCAACUGCCACAGGACGACACGCGGCUGUUCAUCAUGACUGAGAAACAGACGCAGACAGAGCAGUUGGAGGCCAUAGCCGACCGAUUGGGUGCCGAGUUGCUAGACAAAGGUCCUGUUUUUGGUGAGUUGUUAGACAAAGGUCCUGUUUUUGGUGAAUUUUUAGACAAAGGUCCUGUUUUUGGUGAGUUGUUAGACAAAAGUCUUGAUUCUGGUGAGCUGUUAGACAAAGGUCCUGUUUUUGGGGAGUUUUUAGACAAAGGUCCUGACAAAUGUCCUGUUUUUGGUGAGUUGUUAGACAAAGGUCUUGGUUUUGGUGAGCUGUUAGACAAAGGUCCUGUUUUUGGAGAGUUUUUAGACAAAGGUCCUAAUUUUGGUGAGUUGCUGGACAAAGGUCCUGUUUUUGGUGAGUUGUUAGACAAAGGUCCUGACAAAUGUUCUGUUUUUGGUGAGUUGGGUGCACCAAGGCCCAGCGAUGAGUGA